AUGAUUAACGUAGACGAUGUAAGAUUGAGAGCUAGACGAAGAGGUUUAGCCCUCGGAAAUGUCGCUAGAGAUAUAAAAUGUGUUGGAGAUUGGUUCCUAGCAUGCCUGGAACAACUUUUCGCGAGAGGUUUACGGGGUUUAAACUUGAGAUUAACAUUGGAGCUAUUCGUCCAACUCACCGUUGAGGAGGAGGACGUGGCUUUCAAUGAUAUGAUAGUUGCAGCUGAGAGCUGGAUUGUUCUCGGUACAUGUGACUCCUGUUUAAGAAGACUGCUUAGGGUUAGAAACAAUGAUGGAUAUACGCGUGCGCCCUCGCCUUUCUCUUAUUGGGAAAACAGAGGAAUACGCUCUGUGAGUGUCGAAGAAAAUAGAUUCUAUUGGGUCCAUGAAAGACAUGGAAACGAUAUAACGGUGUUCCUCAAGUUGGUAUCAAACCUGAAGAUGCAGGUAAUCCUGCAGGAGUUUAGUGAUGGGAUAGUCAAAUACGUAGGAGAGGAAGGAGAUGAAUUUGAUGUCUUCAUAACAGUAGAUGCUGAUGAUAUAAUGGUGAAGAUUUACGAUUUCCCACUGGAAAUGGACAACCAGACAAUCAAGGAGAUGAUGUCAAAGUAUGGAAUUGUGAAAAUUUGUGAAGAACCAGGGCAUGAAAAAAGAGAGUGUCCAAAAAGGCAUCUGAAUCGAAUACACGAAAUCAGAAGACCAAGCGCUCCAGUUGUUGAUGAUAAUGAAGGAAGGCUGCCGGAAAAUAUAGAGUCGCAGUUAGAAAUACCGGAAGAUCAGAUAAAUGAGUCCAAAGUAUUGAACCAAACAGAAGAAGAAGAGAAAGAUGAACGGAACGAGGAAAAGGAGUUAGAAUUGAAUACUUCUUCGGAGGAAGAAGCAGAAAAAGACUCACAUGGUGAUAUAAUUCCACCUACACCGGGGUGUUGGCAGGAAUUUAUGAAGAAAACGGCUGGGAUGAGGGAGGAGAAGCGACAAAAAACGGGUACUAGCUCUGAAGAGGAAAGGAAAGUGCCAAAGCUAACUAUUAAACUUCCGACAAAAGCUGUAACGAUUUUGACCAACGUCAACGGGAUGAACAAGGAUACUUCUGGGAAUCACGAACGUGGUGAAGAUUCUAAGGAUAGCGAGGAUCCAGGCAGAAACGCAAACCCUGCUGUGACCGUGAUUAAUGCUGUUAAUAAUGAAAACGCCCAAGCGAAUGUAGCUGGUCCAGUGGAAAACGAUUUGAAUACUAUAGUUGGAAACACUAGGCCAAAUGGCGAUUUUAAUGUGCUACGCAUAUUAUACGAUCUUCACAAACCUACGAACAAAGAUGUAGAUUACAUAGACGUAUACGAGGAAAUGAAUGGUGGGGAGGUACUCGUACGCGGAUUAUUCCGCAUGCAAGCUAAUGAAGAGAUAGUUGUCAGGCAGCGCUCGAAUAAUGGAAAUAGAGUCGGAAGUCUUAAAGUAUUUGAUGAUGAUGUAAAUGCGACUAGUUAUAGAUUAGGUAACUUUAGGCAGAACGCUGUGUACAUAAUUCGCAGCGUGUAUGGAAGCUAUGAUGAGCCAAUUACUUUAUUCCUAUAUACAAAAAGUGUCAGUGGGAUUAUUUGUAAGAUUAAUCAAAAUAGAGGCGUCUAUGAUAGAUGGAUUGGUCAUCCUUAUGAUAUCACAAUAGCAAACAUAGAGCGUAUGAUUAACGUAGACGAUGUAAGAUUGAGAGCUAGACGAAGAGGUUUAGCCCUCGGAAAUGUCGCUAGAGAUAUAAAAUGUGUUGGAGAUUGGUUCCUAGCAUGCUUGGAACAACGUUUCGCGAGAGGUUUACGGCGUUUAAACUUGAGAUUAACAUUGGAGCUAUUCGUCCAACUAACCGUUGAGGAGGAGGACGUGGCUUUCAAUGAUAUGAUAGUUGCAGCUGAGAGCUGGAUUGUUCUCGGUACAUGUGACUCCUGUUCGAGAAGACUGCUUAGGGUUAUAAACAAUGAUGGAUAUACGCGUGCGCCCUCGCCUUUCUCUUAUUGGGAAAACGGAGGAAUACGCUCUGUGAGUGUCGAAGAAAAUAGAUUCUAUCGGGUCCAUGAAAGACAUGGAAACGAUAUAACGGUUGAUCAAAUAGUAGGAAGACAAUUCGAUCAUGUUAAGCAUAAGGUGUUCCUCAAGUUGGUAUCAAACCUGAAGAUGCAGGCAAUCCUGCAGGAGUUUAGUGAUGGGAUAGUCAAAUACGUAGGAGAGGAAGGAGAUGAAUUUGAUGUCUUCAUAACAGAAGAUGCUGAUGAUAUAAUGGUGGAGAUUUACGAUUUUCCACUGGAAAUGGACAACCAGACAAUCAAGGAGAAGAUGUCAAAGUAUGGAAUUGUGGAAAGUAUUCGAAAUGAAAAAUAUGUUGGUGAUGGGCUUUUCAAUGUGGAAACUGGAAUACGAUCAAUGUGGAUAGCCAUGAAAAAACCAAUCCCGUCGUAUGUGGCGAUCGAAGGGUGUACCUCAUUGGUUACGUAUCCCAAUCAGGUUCGCACCUGUUUAGUUUGUGAAGAACCAGGGCAUGAAAAAAGGGAGUGUCCAAAAAGGCCUCUGAAUCGAAUACACGAAAUCAGAAGACCAAGUGCUCCAGUUGUUACUGAUAAUGAAGGAAGGCAGCCGGAAAAUAUAGAGUCGCAGUUAGAAAUAGUGGAAGAUUCGAUAAAUGAGUCCAAAGUAUUGAACCAAACAGAAGAAGAAGGGAAAGAUGAACGGAACGAGGAAAAGGAGAUAGAAUUGAAUACUUCUUCGAAGGAAGAAGCAGAAAGUGACUCACAUGGUGAUAUAAUUCCACCUACACCGGGGUGUUGGCAGGAAUUUAUGAAGAAAACGGCUGUGAUGAGGAAGAAGAAGCGACAAAAAAUGGGAACUAGCUCUGAAGAGGAAAGGAAAGUGCCAAAGCUAAAUAUUAAACUUCCGACAAAAGCUGUAACGAUUUUGACCAACGUCGACGGGAUGAACAUGGAUACUUCUGGGAAUCACGAACGUGGUGAAAUUCUAAGGAUAGCGAGGAUCCGUUUUUCUGAGAGUGUGAAAUGCAAAUUGAUAGGCAGAAACGCAAACCCUGCUGUGACCGUGAAUAAUGCUGUUAAUAAUGAAAACGCCCAGGCAAAUGUAGCUGGUCCAGUGGAAAACGAUUUGAAUACUAUGGUUGGAAACACUAGGCCAAAUGGCGAUUUCAAUGUGCUACGCAUAUUAUACGACCUUCACAAACCUACGAACAAUGAUGUAGAUUACAUAGACGUACACGAGGAAAUGAAUGGUGGGGAGGUACUCGUACACGGAUUAUUCCGCAUGCAAGCUAAUGAAGAGAUAGUUGUCAGUCAGCGCUCGAAUAAUGGAAAUAGAGUCGGAAGUCUUAAAGUAUUUGAUGAUGAUGUAAAUGCGACUAGUUAUAGAUUAGCAUGCCUGGAACAACGUUUCGCGAGAGGUUUACGGGGUUUAAACUUGAGAUUAACAUUGGAGCUAUUCGUCCAACUCACCAUUGAGGAGGAGGACGUGGCUUUCAAUGAUAUGAUAGUUGCAGCUGAGAGCUGGAUUGUUCUCGGUACAUGUGACUUCUGUUUAAGAAGACUGCUUAGGGUUAGAAACAAUGAUGGAUAUACGCGUGCGCCCUCGCCUUUCUCUUAUUGGGAAAACAGAGGAAUACGCUCUGUAAUCCUCAAGUUGGUAUCAAACCUGAAGAUGCAGGCAAUCCUGCAGGAGUUUAGUGAUGGGAUAGUCAAAUACGUAGGAGAGGAAGGAGAUGAAUUUGAUGUCUUCAUAACAGUAGAUGCUGAUGAUAUAAUGGUGAAGAUUUACGAUUUCCCACUGGAAAUGGACAACCAGACAAUCAAGGAGAUGAUGUCAAAGUAUGAAAUUGUGAAAAGUAUUCGAAAUGAAAAAUGUGUUGGUGAUGGGCAUUUUAAUGUGGAAACUGGAAUACGAUCAAUGUGGAUAGCCAUGAAAAAACCAAUCCCGUCGUAUGUGGCGAUCGAAGGGUGUACCUCAUUGGUUACGUAUCCCAAUCAGGUUCGCACCUGUUUAGUUUGUGAAGAACCAGGGCAUGAAAAAAGAGAGUGUCCAAAAAGGCAUCUGAAUCGAAUACACGAAAUCAGAAGACCAAGCGCUCCAGUUGUUGAUGAUAAUGAAGGAAGGCUGCCGGAAAAUAUAGAGUCGCAGUUAGAAAUACCGGAAGAUCAGAUAAAUGAGUCCAAAGUAUUGAACCAAACAGAAGAAGAAGAGAAAGAUGAACAUAACGAGGAAAAGGAGUUAGAAUUGAAUACUUCUUCGGAGGAAGAAGCAGAAAGUGACUCACAUGGUGAUAUAAUUCCACCUACACCGGGGUGUUGGCAGGAAUUUAUGAAGAAAACGGCUGGGAUGAGGAAGGAGAAGCGACAAAAAACGGGUACUAGCUCUGAAGAGGAAAGGAAAGUGCCAAAGCUAACUAUUAAACUUCCGACAAAAGCUGUAACGAUUUUGACCAACGUCAACGGGAUGAACAAGGAUACUUCUGGGAAUCACGAACGUGGUGAAGAUUCUAAGGAUAGCGAGGAUCCGUUUUUCUGA